AUGAUUGCACCACUGCGACCCAUAUACCAACUGAAGUCAUUUAUGAUACACGAUAUCUUGAAGCAAACCCUAACCGAACGGGAGGAAAUUGAGAUUUCUUCCGUCGAAAACCUCACUGAAGGGGAAAACACCUGGUCUUGGGUGGAUAGGGAUCGGAUUUUUCAACUGAAGCAUGACCUUGAAAGCGGACUCCAAGAACACUACGAACCGAUAAGUAAUCCUCGUAAAGAUACGUCCAAUAAUGGUGAGACGGCAUCGAAAACAACUAGCUGCGAAUCAGCAUCAGCUCAACCUUCUUCGGAUCAGUUUUCACCACAAGGGGCAUAUCUGGAACCAUUACACCGGUUUGGCGUGCUAAGUGCUUGCGACUCGGAGACAUGCAGUUCAUCGAAUGAGCGCAUCAUUGAAUCUCAUGAUACUGAUGGAGGAUUCCACGUGCCGCACGUUCCAAGCAGCGACAGAACCCCGGACCCCUGUGAAGGCAGUGGCGGAGGGAAGGUGAAGAAGCUUCGGAAAGCGCGAACCGCAUUCUCCGAUGCCCAACUGAAUGAGUUGGAAAAGAUGUUCGAUCAUCAAAAGUACCUCAGUGUACAGGACAGGAUCGAACUUGCCGACCGCUUGCACUUGACAGACACGCAAGUGAAAACCUGGUAUCAGAACAGACGAACAAAGUGGAAGAGGCAGACAGCAGUUGGUCUUGAACUUCUCUCUGAAGCGGGGAACUUUGUUGCUGUGCAACGGAUAAUUCAAUCAAAUCCUUAUUGGACCUACCACCCAGCAGCUCAAUCCAUACUAUCCAGCAUGAGAGCUAUGUCAAAAAAGAGCUCUGAAACCACUUUUGUGUUCGGCACGAGCGCAGAUGAUGUUAAAGUGCGAUCGGAUAUCGACGGAUGGAAGACAGGUAUUUGCUCGUUGACGCCCACAGAACAGGAGUACAAGCAUGCCUGGACCAGCGCAGCAACAGUUGAUUCCGAAGCGAUCUCCAUCAGAACCACACCUAAAUCCAGCUUUGGCGUUGAAUCCCGAUUUCCAGAGAAACAUAGGACGUUGUUCGUUUCAGAACCACUUGACCUUCAUCUUAUGCGUAUUAACAAAUCCGAUGAGCCUAAAGACCCGCAGUCUUCCACAUUUCCUGAUUACCUAACGUUGUACAUAAAGUGCUUAGCGGACUACUCCCAGUACUGUGACACACAGAGCUCUUGGGCAAUCACACCCUUGCCUGAAAAUGAUAUCACGUUAAACUGUUGUCCGGAGAGCAAACCAUCUGGAUCCAUAGACUUCAGAAGACUACCUGACAACUCAUGCACCACCAUCUUCGAGAACCUUACCAGCCAUGGUCCACGUGACAUUAUCCCAACAACAGAUGAAAAGUCUUAUACCUCAGCAACCACCACGGAGGCUAUGGCCACAAAAACGCAGUCUCAGCCUCCAGGAUCAGCAGGGCUGAGCAACCAGACAGAGAAUGCGUUAAGUGAUCAUUGCACAACAAUGAAUACAUUUCUCUCCGCUGCCUUUCAGAUUCCGUUUCAACAAUAUCAUCCCUCGUAA